GCUCAGUGCUGCCUAAGCCUGCAGAACAAGGGGAGGGAGGGGCUGUGAAGGCCGGGUGAUUUGAGAGGAGGUGGGGGAUGGGAAGGUUUACAGCAGGGCAAGAAGCCUGGGAACCUUGGAGCAGUGGAAGGCUAGAGCAAGCUGCUGGACUAAAGACCUUCCUUGUGAAGGAGUGUCAAGGCCUGCCAGACAGCACCUGCUCCUGAAUCUCAGAACCCAGAAGAUCUCAUAAAGUCUCUACAGAAUGCUCCAGAAACCUCCCCACCAAUUCCCUGGGUGGACCUGCUGCUUUGGAAGAGGAGACAGCCCAGAUGGACCAGGUUUUCUGUAGAGAAUCACAGAGGUUGUGGGGUUCUGGAGUUUUCUCUGGCCCAGGGGCCCCAAGACAGGGUGGAGCAGCCACACCUGCCUGAAGUUCUGAGGAAGAGGGCGGAAACAGACAGCUCCCGCCCUCACUUUCUCUCCCCACAAUUGUGAUAGGCUCUACUGGGUAUUGUGUGCCUGCCGCACUGGCUCACUUCCCCAAAUAGGCAGCAGUGUUUUUUAGAGCCUGGCCUCAAACCUUGGUAGGUCAGGUGGUAUGCCUGGGAACAGUGUGGGUCCUGACCUUAGAUUCCCGGGUGACGUUGACAUUGCAACUGGAUGGCGCCAUGGCCUCUUACGUUCCUGUUGUUCCUGCUGCUGCUACUAUGGCUACAGGGCUGUGACUCAGGGAGAAGGUUCUCAAAACCCUGGGCUGAGCUGAGGUUCCUCCAGUGAGAAACUGUACAGGAAAGUGCAACGUCGUGAAGGGGAGACUCUGUCUGUGCAGUGCUCCUACAAGAACCGCCGGAACCUCGUCGAGGCCAAGUCUUGGUGCAAAGUCAAGAGGAAGAAGUGCGAGCACAGCUUCACCCGGAGCUGGGUGAGGGGUCCGAGCUACUCUAUGCGGGAUGAUACCAAGGCCAAAGUAGUCCGCAUCACCAUGGAGGCUCUCAGAGUCCAGGACUCCGGGCGAUAUUGGUGUAUGCGGAACACGGCUGGUAAUCUCUACCCCUUGGUGGGUUUCCAGCUGGAAGUGUAUCCAGCCCUCACAACGGAGAGAAACGUUCCUCCCACACAUCUUACCAAUACCCUCAAGGAUGGAUUUGCUAACACUCCCAUGGAUGAAUUUGUCACAACCAGCCAAGUCCACAUGUCAGACACUGGUGACCCUUUCACAACUAAUGUGACGGUGUUCUCAUCUGGACUCCACACCUUGGCCUCAGGGACCACGGCGCCAACCCCUGUGACACGCUACAGUUUCGCCGAUACCAGCGGUACUAUUACAGAGACUGAGAGGAGCACAGAGUCCCAGCCGGCAACUGUGUCUCCUAGCCAUACAAGACCCUUCUUGGCUGAUUCAGUAACCACCUCCACCAUGACCAGACACCAGAGUAGCAGUUUGUCUACCACGGGGACGUGCCACCAGUUAACCCCCAACAGAUCCCAGGAGACUCACAGACCUGUGAUGGUGGUGGUGCUGACAUUUCUUCCAGCACCUAUGCUGCUGGUCGUGGCCUAUGGGUUUUGGAAGAAGAGACACAUGGGAAGAUACAACUUGGACAGCAACUAUGCUAAAUCCUGGCUACACCUUCCUGAAGGACCAGAGACACUCUGGAAGCCUGCUUGCUCUAAGAUAACUCAGUGAGCUCGGAAUCUGUUUCCAGUGGGCUCAGAAGGCUGAAAGAGGACCAAAGACGAGGCAAUGGCCCUGGGGCAGGAGGACAGUGGAGCUACCUUCCCUUUACCAUGGUCACUAUGUCCUCAGCUCCCUCUGUUCACUUCAAACACCUCUUACGUUUGGAGACAAGAAUCAGGUCUCAGGAGACCCCCCCGGAGCAGCCAGUGUUUCUAGAGUCCUGUUCUGGAUGAGAAGAAACAAAGACUAAGACCUGGGCCACAGAAGAAUUGGUAGCAGAGCUGAUCAAGACCACAUGUCUUCUGAUGUUCCCUGACUGUGACUGCUGGUCCCUUCUGACCUGGGAGCCUACAGGUCACACUUGUUUCUACUUGUUUCCUGCCUGCCAUCCCUUUCAGGACCAUGACAGUCUUCAGCUACAAGGGCCAUCCUCUCUCUCCCAAGAUCAAGGCAAAGCCUGGGUUUCCCCACUCGAGUUCCUGCUCCAUGUUUCAACGAUGAGCUCAUGGGGGAGACUGAGGGCAGAGACUCAACCAUGGGUGUUUAGCCUCAUCUAGAGGGCACCAUUCUCAAGACACUGGGGUUGGCCAUGGACUAAAGCAAGGCCACUUCUGAGAAAAGAGCUCAUGGAGCUGCCCUGCUUAAAACAGCAGGAGAGAUAGAAGUGGAGCAGGAAAGUGACAAAUCAGAUUCCAGGACAGAAAGAUAGGAAGACACAUGGACACAUGGGUGCAUGGACACACAGACACACAGACACACACACACACACACACACACACACACACACACACACAAAGACACACACAUACGCGCGCGCGCGCGCGCGCACACACACACACACACCCACCCAUGCACAGUGUGUGUGUGCGGUGGUGGGGAGAGGGGUUGGGGUGGGGGAGGAGAAGAGAGAAGAGAGCCCAAAUGGCUCAGACUUGCCCUCUAUUUAGAUCAUUGGUCCAGAGUAGAGCAGGGCUGCGGGCUGUGGGCUGAACUGCCCCGUAGCAGGGAUGCUCACUUGUCCAUGGAGCAUAGAAAGGUCCCUGGAGCCAAGCGAAACAUCUACACUCUCAGCCCUGAGUCAGGGACAUCCUGACAGCAAACAUCACCCUUAGGUGGGUGACACAGCUGGGGGUGUGCUCCAGGAUGGCUUUGAGGUGAGAGGAAGGGCCGAAGGUGUAAAGUCAGGAGACAGAAAGGGAUACGCACAAACGCACGCAUGCACGCACGCACGCACACCUCUGACUAGCAAACAUCUGUAUAGAGCCACCACCCUAGUGGGUAACAAGGAAGGAUUAACUCACACUGCCUCUAAAGUCCCACCCCUAUUCUGGUCCUGAACCUCCAUUGUCCCUUCAUAGUCCCUGACAGCCAUUUCAUGAACAGGUGAUAGAGAGGUCGGGCACAAGGACCAGUGGUGCCCGUGUGACCCUGACCAAGCCACUAACCCUGUCUGGACCUCGGUUCCCUCUCCUAUGAAAGGGGACAAUAAUUCCUGCCUCAAAAGACUGACUGGAGACACAAUGACUGACAUAAGCACUAUGUGAGCUGCAAGCGUCUCCUGGAGAUGCUUCCCUGAAGUUCUUUCCUGUCCUGAUGCUCAUUAGGCACAGUUGAGUGUUCCUCCUGCUGCUAUGACUAACACUCUCUGACAAGGGGCUGCAAAGACAGCCCUUGCUUAACAUGCUCAUGGCUCCUGCCAGGGCCCAGGGUCAAUUUCCUGGGAACUCAUUCCGUAACUCCAGUUCCAGGGCAUUGUGAUGUCCCUUUCUGGCCUCCUUGGGCACCUCAUACACACGGUGCAUAUAAACCAUUACAGGUACACAGUAUACACAUAUAAACCAUUACAGGUACAUACACAUACACAUAUAAACCAUUACAGGUACACAUGUAUACACAUAUAAACCAUUACAGGUACACAUAUAUACACAUACAAUUACAGGUACACACAUAUACACAAAUAAACCAAUACAAGUACACACAUGUACACAUAUAAACCAUUACAGGUACACACAUGUACACAUAUAAACCAUUACAGGUACACACGCGUACACAUAUAAAUCACUACAGGUACACAUGUAUACACAUAUAAAUGAUUACAGCUAUGCUGUGGAUAGCCCUGGUGCUGUUUGUAUUUUGAUGCUAAUUCCACUUCCCAGGAGGGGCUGCCUGGGAUGAGGAGUGAAUCACAUACUCAGGUGACUUCCUGUGAACCUUCCCCUAAUGAAUAAAGAUUUCUACCAACCAA